CAGAUCCAUGGCGGAGCGCGGCGAACUCGAUCUCACUGGAGCCAAACAGAACACGGGAGUGUGGUUGGUCAAGGUUCCUAAAUACUUGUCCCAGCAGUGGGCAAAAGCUCCAGGAAGAGGCGAAGUUGGGAAACUGCGGAUUGCCAAGAAUCAAGGAAGGACAGAGGUGUCAUUUACUUUGAAUGAAGAUCUUGCAAAUAUUCAUGAUAUCGGCGGAAAACCAGCUUCAGUCAGUGCACCUAGAGAACAUCCAUUUGUCUUGCAGAAUGUUGGUGGACAGACAUUAACAGUGUUUACCGAAAGUUCAUCAGAUAAACUUUCAUUGGAAGGAAUAGUGGUACAAAGAGCUGAAUGUCGACCUGCUGCCAGUGAAAACUACAUGAGAUUAAAAAGAUUGCAAAUAGAAGAAUCUUCCAAGCCAGUAAGACUUUCCCAACAGCUGGACAAAGUUGUUACAACCAAUUACAAACCUGUUGCUAACCAUCAAUACAAUAUUGACUAUGAAAGGAAAAAGAAAGAAGACGGAAAGCGAGCUCGAGCUGAUAAACAAUAUGUUUUAGAUAUGCUGUUUUCCGCUUUUGAGAAGCAUCAGUAUUAUAACCUGAAGGACUUGGUGGACAUCACAAAGCAGCCUGUGCUGUACCUGAAGGAAAUCUUAAGAGAAAUUGGUAUUCAGAAUGUAAAAGGGACCCACAAAAACACAUGGGAGCUGAAGCCAGAAUAUAGACAUUACCAAGGAGAAGAGAAGAGUGAUUGA